AAUAACGGACACAUCAGUACUUCGCUACGAUUUGAAGACAAUUAGCUUUAUCUUCACUUGAAUCUGUCAUGUGAAAACCUAACCUCGAAUAUUUUGACAGUUCCGAGACUGGCCUGUAUAUUAGUUAUUGUUGUUUUUUUCCCUAUUUCAUUUCAUAUUUAUUACGAUUUCGAAUAUGAUAUCGACUAUCGAAUAGUAGUCGCACUUGCAUUUGAAAUAGAUGUAGCAUAGAUCAAACGGGAGAGUGUGAAGUGGAAAGAAAUUACUGCAAAUUAAAUAGAUUCGUUUUCAUAAGAUUGUUUACACGUUGGAUUUUGUUUUACAAAAUGCCCAAACUAGAAGUACUUCAAGUGUUGAGUGGACACAAAGGUCGUGUAUGGGGUGCUACCUGGAAUCCUCUGAACACAGCGAUUGCAACAUGCGGUGAAGACAAAACCAUUCGUAUUUGGUCACAAGACAAUAAUAGUAAGUGGGUGACAAAGACUAUACUUUCUGAUGGUCAUUCUCGGACGAUACGCAGUGUUGCAUGGUCAUGGAAUGGUAAUUUGUUGGCUUCAGCUAGCUUCGAUGCGACAACUGCCAUUUGGGAUAAGAAAUCUGGUGAAUUUGAAUGCAGUGCCACUUUAGAAGGUCAUGAGAACGAAGUGAAAAGUGCCUCUUGGUCCCGUUCGGGUAAUCUACUAGCUACCUGUAGUCGUGACAAAUCCGUUUGGAUUUGGGAGGUGAUUGGUGAUGAUGAAUUCGAAUGUGCAGCCGUUUUAAAUGCGCAUACUCAGGAUGUGAAGAAGGUUGAAUGGCAUCCAGAAUUGGAGAUUUUAGCUUCAGCAAGUUAUGAUAACACAAUCAAACUGUAUAUUGAGGAUCCAGCCGAUAAUGAUUGGUCAUGUUUAGACACGCUGAGUGGACACACAUCGACCGUAUGGAGCAUAUCGUUUGAUAAGAGCGGCAAACGUUUGGCAUCUUGUAGUGACGAUCGCACGGUACGUAUCUGGCAAGCAUAUGAACCUGGAAAUGAAGAGGGAAUCGCAACGCCGGAUAACGCAACUGUUUGGAAAUGUGUUUGCAUUUUAUCUGGUUACCAUACGCGUAGCGUGUACGACAUUAGCUGGUGCAAACUAACAGGUCUUAUCGCAACAGCAUGCGGUGACGACAUGAUUAGAAUUUUCAAGGAAUCGGAUGGAUCCGAUAAGAACCAGCCAAAUUUCGAAUUGCUUUUGUCCGUCCAUCGGGCACAUACACAAGAUGUCAAUACAGUUGCGUGGUGUCCACACACAGCCGGGCUUCUAUUAUCUACAAGUGACGACGGUGAGGUCAAAGUAUGGAAAUUCAGCGAAUAGUUCACACAUUAGACUAUGGAGUUAGGAGGAAAAUCAUUUUAUUUUUCUGUUUUAAAAUAAAUCGUUACCAUAAGAAAAUGUAA